AAACAGUUUUGGAGCGGCUGGGGAUUCACUGGGAUUUUCGGAUGGGUUGGAUCGGGGAACUUUGCAUGGGGCAACCACGUAGCUUUUGUAAAACAAACCAUUAGCAGCUAAUAAACAUUAGUCAUGCGACAAAGCAACAAAGUCUCCUGGAGACUGAAGACUGGAGUUUGGAGUUUGGAGCUUGGAGUCUGGAGAGGUCCGAUGAUUUAAUCGUGGGUAACCAAAGCAGGCAGCGCGUGUUGACAGUCAAACCAUUAUCAAUCACUGGGCUAGAGGAUACUUAGGUAGUUGGCCACUGUUCUUGGGGGUCUAUAAGGUGGCUCCCCUGAUAAAAUCGUUUUGUAAGUGAUCGUGGACAAAUCGUGUACAAGAUUGUGCCAUGGAGACCAUUAGAAACUCUAUUCGGUAAUUGGCAAUUAAGAGCGGUACCCUCGUCCUUGAGCUUCUCUGAAUUCUGGUUGUGUGUCACCAUCUUACCAUCCACCUCUGCGGAUCCUCAGAGUCCUCGACUGGGAUCCCUCGUUAUUUAUGAGCGUUUCGGCCAAUCACAAAUCACCGGGCUUCGAGCAUUUUGUUUUGCACAUUUUUAUAGUCGCUACUGAUGCUAUGCAAGUCGAAGAAGUUAACCUGGUUUGAUUUGCAAUGGGGGCUGGAUUUAAUGGGCAGGUUUUCAAGGAAGGAGGUCCAGUUAUGGGGAGAUGCUGGACUUAAAAUAAUAAUUUUUAUUGGUUGGAGAAGGAUCCUAACUUACGUUCAUGGAGAUUCGAAAAGAGGUUACUAGAGAUCCACCGACUUUGGACCGUUAUCAGUCCCACUUAAUACCGUUUUUUAUAUCCUCAAGAAAAAUAUCUGACAUCCUAUUCCCCGAUUCGGACAUUCCAAGCGGUUAUGUCAUCCAGUCCAUACCAUAGCUUCACUUCCUUCCCACACUCACACAAAUCUUAGAGAAACACUGCCGUGACGAACCGAGUCACCUCGAAAGAUGAUCGCUGCGCAUGCGCAUAACCGUAAGAUUCACACAUGCCUGGGAAUCGGAAUCGGGCGAGGAUGAGGAUGUGGAUGUGGAUGUGGAUGUGCGCUGGAUGCGGAUGAGAAUGUGAAUGUGAAUGUGGAUGAGGAACAAGAGAAAUACAUUUUGAAAAUUUAACGAUGCGCACAUUUUAUUACCGCAAUUAAUUACAAAAACAACGCGGCCAAAACGAAAUCUUAGUCACUUUAUCAGGAGAGGACCAGGCAACGCAAGAAGAAAGAAAGAGAGAAGAGCGGGGCGAAAGAGAGAUGCCAGCGAUCUGAGGGAAGCGAUAAGCCUUAUGAUAGAUGUGACUAGUAGAACGCUACUACCAAAUGGUUCUGGGCCUGCAGAUUGCAGCUCCUCUCGUAAUUGGAGGCGCGACAGUUUGUCUCCAGCAGUCAAACUUGGUUAAUUGGAGAGUCUCAGAGAGAGAGGGAUCGGAAGAAACCUGUUUCUCGACCAAUUAAAUUCGAGAGCGGGAGCGCAAGUCUGGCUUUAGGCCCGGCCAAAAGACGAUGACGGCCCACAGCAGCCAUAACGAAAAUACCCAUCCAAAACGGUAGCCCCCAGCGGUCUAUGAGUGAUUCUUCGGCGCGUAGAAGAAUGGGUUUCAAGCACGCCAUGCUGCAGCGCAGUUACGAUCUCUCGCCCUCGCCGGCACGCACUUCGCCCACCCACAAUGGAGUCCAGAAUUUGGGAGCUGGCCCCCAGAUCCAGCCGGUUCAGGUCACCGACUUUAGUAUAAGUAAAAUCCUGGGAAAGGAUCGCAAGCCAGCUCAGGAUACGAGCACGAGUAUACUGGAUCUCUCCAAGAGCAGCAGUCUUAGUGUAAGAACUGCUCCAACUGGAGGAACUGGAACUGGACCUGGAACUGGGUUAACCAUGCCUACUCCCUAUGGAGGCUACUCCAUGUUGCCUCCUGAUUUGGUGGCCAUGGCCAAUGCCACCAAGUUUUAUGCCCAGUUCUUCCCGCACUUACUACCCGCCUAUGCGGCUGCUGCAGCGGCUGCAGGAUUGAGUACCCCACCCACAUCGCCCUAUCAACAGCAGCAUCAUCAUCAGCAGACUUUACCGAAUCAGCAGAAACGCUUCUUUGCCCCCUAUGUGAUCAAUGGUCAGGCUCAGACCCCUCAACAACCACUCAUCCGGCCAAAGAGCACCGCCUGCACUCGACCAGAUUGCCUGGAGUGCUUGGAUUACUACCAAAGAUUGCAGGCCGGAGGUGGAUACAAGCAGACCACGCCCCUAAUCUCACCCGCCGCCUCCUCUGUCAGCAGUUCCAGUGGUUCCGUGCGACCCGUCAGGGAUCUGAUCAUGAGUGCCGCCGGAGGAUCCGCCGCCGGCACAAACAUCUCACUGACCACCGUUACCAAUCUGAGUCUAAGUUCGGUUCAGUCUUCAACCGUCGGAAUGAUGCCCAAAUUGGCCGGAGGAGGACUAGUGACCACAGCCGUCGGCAGUAAUAGUGGAGGAAUGGGAGGUAUCGCUGGCUAUAAUCCAACAUCCCCCGAGGAGAUCAGCUACAAGUGCAGGAUUUGCGAGAAGGUCUUCGGAUGCUCCGAAACUCUGCAGGCUCACGAAAAGACGCACAAAUCGCCGCGUUACGAGUGUGCGGAUUGCGGAAAGGGCUUCUCGCAGCUGCGGAACUACAAGUACCAUUUGUCAGUUCACCGGGGAACCAAGGAGUUUGCGGCCGAGUGUCCCGAGUGCGGCAAGACGUUCAACGAUAAGGGAUAUCUGAGUAGCCACCUGAAGAUCCAUCGGAAUCGCAAGGAGUACGAGUGUCCGUACUGCCCAAAAUCCUUCAACCAGCGAGUGGCCUUCAAUAUGCACGUCCGUAUUCACACUGGAGUAAAACCACACAAAUGCAACGAGUGUGGAAAAAGGUUUUCUAGGAAAAUGCUCCUAAAACAGCACAUGAGAACACAUAGUGGGGAGAAACCCUAUCAGUGCUCCGUGUGCGGAAAAUCCUUUGCCGAUCGCAGCAACAUGACCCUGCACCAUCGCCUCCAUUCGGGAAUCAAGCCUUUUAGCUGCCCCCUGUGCCCCAAGGCCUUCACCAAGAAGCACCACCUGAAGACCCACCUGAACUACCACACUGGUUGCAAACCCUAUGUCUGUCCACAUCCCAAUUGCAAUCAGGCCUUCACCCAGUCGAGCAAUAUGCGAACCCAUGCCAAAAAGUGCCAGUACCGUCCGCUGGAUGGAGUUACAACAUCCGUACUUCCGGCUCCUGGAAAGGGUCCUCAACAGAUACCUCCCUCCACUUUGGCUAUGGCCAUGGCUCCAACCUUUGCGAUGCCACCACCACCUGGACCUCUAUCUCUGCCACCUGGACCCCCGCAACCGCCCACUCAGCAAACCCUGCUCAGCAACCUCAGGACAUUCUGAAUCGAAGGAUCGUCUUCUUCGUAACCCCCAAGCAGUAUCUACCAAAAUUGUAGCACUUACCAAGCAUAGUUCUUCCAUUGUUGUUUUUCAUAUUAGGUUUAAUGUCAAUAAUCCCUAAGCGAGAUUUGUUAAAUAAAAAAUGUUGUCACAAAUAGUAAAAAUUA